AUGGCUGACGCUGCCCCUCGCGGACGUGGUGGAUUCGGACGUGGACGUGGUGACCGUGGACGGGGCCGUCGGGGCCCCCGCCGCGGAGGCCGCAAGGACGAGGAGAAGGAGUGGGUUCCCGUCACCAAACUCGGCCGCCUCGUGAAGGACGGCAAGAUCAAGUCCAUGGAGGAGAUCUACCUCUUCUCCCUCCCCGUCAAGGAGUACCAGAUAAUCGACUUCUUCCUGCCCAAGCUCAAGGAUGAGGUCAUGAAGAUCAUGCCCGUCCAGAAGCAGACCCGUGCCGGUCAGCGCACCCGCUUCAAGGCGUUCGUCGCCAUCGGUGACUUCGACGGCCACGUCGGUCUCGGUGUCAAGUGCGCCAAGGAGGUCGCCACCGCCAUUCGCGGCGCCAUCAUCCUCGCCAAGCUCUCCGUCAUCCCCGUUCGCAGAGGCUACUGGGGUGCCAACCUCGGUGAGCCCCACACCGUGCCCGCGAAGGUCUCCGGCAAGGUCGGCUCCGUCAUGUGCCGUCUCAUCCCCGCGCCCCGUGGUACCGGUCUCGUCGCUGCGCCCGCAUCGAAGCGUCUGCUCCAGCUUGCCGGUGUCGAGGAUUGCUACACGCAGUCGAAGGGUUCAACCGCGACGAUGGGUAACUUCUUGAAGGCUACCUUCGCUGCGAUCACGAAAACGUACGCGUUCCUCACGCCCGAUCUGUGGCGCGAGAUCCCUCUGUCGAAGUUCCCGUACGACGAGCACAGCGCGCAUCUGCAGCUUGCGCAGGGCAAGAAGGCGUACUAG